CUGGCCCUCGUGAGGUGGGCUUUGCCGUGUGAAGUCGGCCUGUUUGAGGGAAGGCUGCAGGGGAGGCUGGCCCAGCCGAGCAAACAAGGCUCGAAGAUGUGAAGGAAAGCCGCUUCUUGGGCCGAAAACCCGAACACGAGGGUCCUGUCUCUCAGUGCGCCUCGGCGACCCGGAGCUGUGUCCGGCGGAAGGAGCGUGACAGCGUGCCCUGACGUGGCCACUCGGGGUCAGUUCGGAAGCAGGGACCGUGGGGCUGCGGACACUCGACCCCAGAGGCAGCGGCCAGCUUGCCCCUGCACCCCGCUGGGCCUCUGUGCAGGACGGAGAUGCUGGCCCGGUGCCCAGCCAGGGCAGGGCGUGGCCGCGCGUGAGGACCCGAGCUCAGCCGCGCACCUGCCCCUGCUGACCCGAAAUGGAGAACUUCCAGUACAGCGUCCAGCUGAGCGACCAGGACUGGGCUGAGUUCUCGGCCGCUGCCGAGGAGUGCGGCCUCCUGCAGGCCGGCCUGGCCUCCGGGGAUGAGCUUCUGUCCAGUGACAUUGACCAAGGGGACAGCAGCGGCAGCAGUCCCCCUGGGCCCCAGCCCCUCCUUGGGGGGAGUGGCUGGCGUGGCUUCAAGGAGGAGGACCAGGCAGCCCCGCGGCAGCUGGUCAGCAGGUCUUGGCAAGAGCCCGUCCUGGCCCCGGGGGCCGGUCAGCAGAUGCCCGGCACGUCGGCGCGGUCAGAAGCCCGGCCGUCCCUCAGCUCUGGCGCUGCCCCUCCUGGCCAGAGCACGUCCCUCCAAGGGCCAGAAUCUUCCGGAGACGAGAUGCAGAGGCUUCUGCAGGGGCCGGCCCCCCGGGACCCUCCCCCUAAGCCCCCUGGGGAGCCUCCUCCGAGCCCCGAGCCACCGGGCCACGGCUCUGCACCCCAGAGGCCUCCCGGCAGCCCCGGAGCCCCACCCCGCAGCCCCAGCCGAAAGAAGAGACGAGCCGCCGGUGCCAGGGGGGGUGGCCGCUCGGGGGCCGCGGGCCCCGCAUCCCCCCGGCUGGCCUCCCCGCGGCCCACGGAGGCCAGGCCCGAGGAGGACCUUGGCCCAGCCGGGACCACGGGGAAGGGACCCUCGGCUGGGACAGCGGUGCAGGUGACGGGCGCCCAGCAGGACAGGCUGGGGCCAGAGACAGCGGCGGGAGCCCCUGAGCCGGUGGCCAGGCCCGGGCCGGGGCUGGACCUGCUGGCGCCCCUCCCCACUGCCGAGCGAGGCGCGGACCCGCUCAGGACGGCCCCCGGAGCUGACCCGCGCCCUGUGUCCACCCCUGCCCAGGGGCCUUGCCCAGACGUCUCCACGGCCGAGCCCGACACGGCUCUGUCCGGAACGGCCUCCGCGCUCCAUCCCGGCGCGACUGCGUCUGUGCCCGUGCCCACCUGCGAGCCUCGGCUGGACGAGCGCCGGCCCGCGCCGGGCCCAGAGGCCACGCCGGGGGUGGACUCGUGUGCACCCGUCCGAAAGGCGCAGCCUGAAGUGGAUGUGGACGUGCCUGCGCCCGCCCCCGUUCCCCAGGCCGGGCCUGACCUGGAGGAGGCAGGGGCUGCCCCGCCGGCCAAGCUGCACUCGAGCUCUGCUGUGUCUUCAGGGGGGCACCGAGAGAAGCCCCCGGGGGAGCCCUCAGCAGACGCCCCGGGACACGCCUCGGAGGAGCCCUCCCCGGGGCCCGCCCAAGCCGCCAAGAAGAAGAAAGUGCGGUUCUCAGUGGCUGUGCCCGGCCCCGAGGAGCCGGGCUCAGGAGAGGCCCUGAGACCCCUCUCACCACCCCCAGCCUGGUCCUCAGCCCCCAGGACGGCCGCGGGGGGCCGUGGGGGGCCCGGAGCUUGGGAUGCAGUGGCGGUGGGGCCCCGCUCCCCGCAGUCUCGGAUCCUGAAGCACCUGCCCCCCCCUGCCCCCUCGGCCUCUGAGGGCCUCGGGUACAGGAGCUGCUUUGCAGUGACCGUCCCAGAAGCCUAUGAGUUCUUCUUCUGUGACACUAUCGAGGAGGAGGAUGAAGAUGCUGAGGAGGCAGCAGAGGCCGGCAAGGCCCCAGCCCAAGCCCAGUGGCCGGAAGUGUGUGAGUUCUUCUUCCAGGACAGCCAAGCCCCGAGGUCUAGGCACCGGCGGGGCCAGUCCCCAGCCCCACCCCCGCAAGCCACGCCCGGACCAGCCCCUCUGCCUGGAGACCCCAUGCCCAUCUCCAUCCCUGAGGUCUAUGAACACUUCCUUGGGGAGGACAGGUCGGGGGACGUGCUGGGGCUGGCCGCUCCUCUCCAACUGCAGGACGCAGAGGCCCCCGCGUCGGCACGCCCGGGAGCAGAGCCUGGCACCCCGCCGGGGCCCAGCCCGGCCACAGCAGAGCAGCUCGACCUGGUGCUCAGGACAGCAGAAAAGCCCCCGGGACCCCUCCCCUCGUUGACCUUCAGCCAGAAUGACAUGUGCCUGGUGUUUGUGGCCUUUGCCACCUGGGCUGUGAGGACGUCAGACCUGCACACCCCCGACGCCUGGAAAACAGUCUUGCUGGCCAACAUCGGCACCAUCUCCGCCAUCCGCUACUUCCGCCGGCAGGCGCGGCGCGGGCGCCACGGCCCCAGCCCCAGCCCCAGCCCCAGCCCCAGCCCCAGCCCCAGCCCCAGCUCCUAGGACCCACGCUCGGCCCGGGAAGAUGCAGGACAAGGACGUGGCCCCAGGUGCUCAGGACGGGGCGCUGCCCUCUGACCCUUGCACCCUUCGGCGGCAUCUAGGAAGGGGCCCGUGUCUUCAGUCCUGGCUUCCGUGGACUCCGGGCUCAGGCCAGUGGCCGAAGCCCGGGCUGUGCUCCAGGCCUGGGGGGAGGUUUGGCAGGUCGGGUGGCUGGGGCCGAGCAGGGAGCUGGCUAGGGAGGUGGGCAUAGUUGCAGGUAAAGACAGGGCAUCCGGCAAAAGCGGAAUUUCAGACAGGCAGUGUCAGAGACAUGCAGUCGUGCUUCAGCACACGGCGGACCCUGAACGCGUCGCAUUUUGGCGAGCAAAGCACGUUUCGGCGCUUGGCUCCUGCCCAGGACUCGUUGCAUAGCUAGAACUUGUGGGAGUCGGAUGCCCCCCGCAAGGGGAGACGCUUCAUCUCCCGGCGUUCGUUGGUUUCGGCGCUCACUGGGGCCCGGAGCACACUGACCAUGAGUACCAAGGUACCACUGUGCUCACACCAGGAAACGGUUUGUGGUUUAUCUGAAGUCGAAUGUAACUGGGCGUCUGUUUGGCCUGGUGGUCUGUGAGGGGGCAUGUGGCAGGACAGAGCAUUGGGGUAAGAGGACGCCAGAGCGGCGGUGGCGGCAGGGCCCCACCCGGAGAUCUGGGCAGGGGGUGGGGCGAGGGGGCAGGGUGGUCUGGGGACUCUGGGGCGGGGGCCUCCCAGGGACCUCUGCCCUGUUCUCAAGAGGGCUGGGCCAGCGGGGCCUCUGAGGCCUCUUUGGGCCCUGAGCCCAAGGGCCUGUGGCCAAGGCCUCCCAGGGUUCGGCUGGAGGCAGUGAGCAGGCACCUACGGGGGCCGUAGGAAGGCGACCCCAGCGCCCCUGCAGGGUGGGGGUCUGCCGGGCAGAGACGGGGGCCCCUGCUCAGGGGAGCCCUGGACAAGGUGUGCAGCUGAGUUCGGUGGCAUCAGGUGGAGGGACGGGACACCUGGGGCUGUGCCAGGGCUGAGAGGAGGCAGAGAGGGGGCAGGAAGGUGGGCGGGGGGCCGGGAGGCGCUGGAAGGGCACUGGGCAGGGGCAGCGGGCGCAGGCCCCACGCAGCAGGAGCCUCCUGGCUGCCGAGGGAAGAACGUGUGGACACGGAUGAAUAAAGUUUCCUUCUCUUCCUU